UCGAAAAUACUUGCAUUAACGUUCCGUUUUUACGGCUUGUGGAAGAGAGUGUGGAAACCCAUCAGUGCAGUCAUGAGUGAGAAUGAUGAUCAGAACCCUGUAGAAAAGGAAAGUGAAGGAUCCACAGUCAAUCUUGUUGAUGAACCUGAAAUUCUCCCUCCUGGCCCAGAAAUGGAGUCAGCGGAACCAGUGGCAGAGACUGAGGCUGAACCAGUGACAGAGCCAGAGACUGAACCAAUGACAGAAUCAACAGCUGAACCAGUGACAGAACAAGAGGCUGAGCCAGUGACAGAGACUGCAGCAGAACCAAUGGCAGAGCCAGCGGCUGAACCAAUGACAGAAUCAACAGCUGAACUAGUGACAGAACAAGAGGCUGAACCAGUGACAGAAUCAACAGCUGAACCAGUGACAGAACAAGAGGCUGAACCGGUGACAGAAUCAACAGCUGAACCAGUGACAGAACAAGAGGCUGAACCGGUGACAGAAUCAACAGCUGAACCAGUGACAGAACAAGAGGCUGAACCGGUGACAGAAUCAACAGCUGAACCAGUGACAGAACAAGAGGCUGAACCAGUGACAGAAUCAACAGCUGAACCAGUGACAGAACAAGAGGCUGAACCAAUAACAGAGACUGCAGCUGAACCAAUGGCGGAGCCAGCGGCUGAACCAGUGGCGGAAACUGGAGCUGAACCAGUGACGGAGCCAACAGGAGAAACAGUGGUGGAAACUACAGCUGCAGCAGAAGGGCAGGUCAUUAUCACAUCUGGAACUGAGCCAAUAACUAAAGCUGAAAUAUCAGUUAAGCCCGAGCUGCAGCCUACAACUGGCACUACAAUUCAACCCACAGCUGCAGCUGAGACUUUAGCUUCAGCUGUGACAGAGAUAUCUGCAGAAGUUGAAGAAAAGUUUUCAACCUGUUUUGAAGAUCCAUAUAAGCGAUCUGUGUUGUACAUGGAGAAACAUAAUAUUCUACAGAUAUUUCAGAAAAUGACUGAAAAUCUGGUAUAUGAAAGACCGGAUGACCCCCUUGAGUUCAUGUUAAAGCAGAUACAGGCAAUGAUCUGGAUGCGUGACCAGCAAGAACUCUGUGUGGAAUAAACUGCACCAGAGCACACUGUGCUAUGAAAACAUUAUGUAGGAGUUGAUGUGUUUUGAUUUUUAAUCAAGUCUCCUUUUA